GUGUUUUCUCAUGCCCUUCGCUCAGUUCGCCAAUUUUUCCCUUUAGAUGGCAGCACUGAACGCAUUACUGUCAGUGCGUGUGGCUUAUCGCUCCCAGUGCUCCUGCGUUUUGUAGCGCAGACUUUAUGCUGUUUGUGGCAGUGCUGUGAUUCGUUGGUAUGGGACCUUUGGCGUGUAUCGACGACGGUAUGUGAACUGCGCGUUUGCAUUCAGUCUAGUCGGAAGUCAUGUUUUCUGUUGUGUAACAUACGAGUUCUGCCUGCUGGCUUCAGUAUCACUCAUGAGUGAGGGGGAAAUUUUUUUGAGAAGGGGAAAGUGUAAGAACCCGGACGUUCCUUCGACCAGUUGAUGAGUUGCCAGCUGCUGUCACAUCUGGCUAGAAACAGGGAUGGAUUGCUUUUACCAUUUCCGUAGUUAAUCCUCUCUCGCAGCGAGCCAACUCUUGAUCAUAAUCGAUGUUCUUAGCGCACGCUACCCUGACAUUCGUUACGAGCUUCAUGAGUGAGCCUGCUACAUAAACUGAAUAAUUGAUUACAUUCGAUGGCUUGCAGAUGUGUUUAUAUAGUAUGCCAUUAACAUAAUACCCUAUUGUUCUAAUUGCUUUUCGUGCGCAUUUAAAACUUUACUUUCUCGUGAGUUAAUCAUCGAUAAUAACAUUGACUCAAUCUAGGUGGAGACAAUCAGUGCAACGGCUGCCUUCAGAAGUGUUCGAUACAAAAUGUACUCCAGUGCAACGAUCUGACGUUGAUAACUUCCAAGAUUUUCAGUCUGGUCUUCAACGUACUAAUCGUCGAAAAUCAAUGUCAUAUGCGUUGUAUAUAGAUUUACUCAAGGAAUGCCUUAAGCUGGAAAGUGAACUUACUGGUUGAUCGUAAGUUUGACUUUUACCUAAUAAGCGCGUGACUGACUGACUGACUAACUGAUACAGGCAAUUAGCAAGAACAAAAUAUAAAGUACAGAAAAAGUGCGAAUCUCAAAAGUUUAAUGCAUAUGGCCUAUCCAGGAAGUUGACAAUGGACAUAUUUUUAUGACAGAGGAAAUUGCAACCAGUGCCUGUGAUCAACAUAACUUUUAUCCUGUGUGGUGGCCGUCUGUAAUUGGGGUACAGCAGUGUGAUGACUGUUUUUGUCUACUUCGUGACACUAAUUGUACUUUAUUUUGGAUUUUAUCGAUGAUCACAAAAUCGUAUAACUAUAGUUGUUUUACUGUUUGUCAAAGUGUGCUAUUUGUCAUCAUUUUGUUGUGCCUCUAAGGAUGUCCCGUUUGGAACCGCCAGAAUGGGUCCAAGCCCUUGCCAAUCUGUUAACUGGAUUGGAUUCUUUCUUCCGAAAACACGUGCGGUGCCUGCCACGUAAGGCGCCUCAGGAGCCGCCUGUACAAGAUGAAGCCGUUGAUGACCCUGUCUUCCCGAGUCACCUUCGAUCCGAAAAUGAAACGCGUGAAGAAAGACGGCGGCUCCGAAAGCAUCAGAAGCAACACUCACAGCGAAUUGACCAGAUGCUCAAAAAGGACCGCAAGCAAAUCGAAAGCGAAAUCAAGGUUCUCUUAUUGGGCCCAGGCGAAUCAGGCAAAUCAACGGUUCUGAAACAGAUGCGGAUUAUCCACAACGUGAAUUUCACAGACGAAGAGCUACAAGAAAUCAAGGAGAUGAUUUUUCAGAACGUGUGCGUUUCAAUGUUCACGUUGUGUAUGGAGCGUGAAAGACGUGGGAUUUCCUUUCAGCUGAAAGACAGUCCAUUCCACUGGCAGUCUUUUCGGGAGCGGUUUGAACUAUCGACUCGAGACGACCAGCGCGUCAGUUUCAUCGACUUCAUUAAACACGCUCUUGACAUUCAGGAAUUAUGGCGAGACCAGGCGCUGCGCGACACAUACGACAUUCGCUAUAACUUCAAACUGUCGGAUAGCUGUUCGUACUUCUUUAGCGAGAUCGCGAGGAUUAAACAAGCUAGCUAUGUGCCAUCACAGCAGGAUAUCCUCUUCGCUCGACGAGCCACAAUCGGCAUUAAGGAAAUGCUAGUAGAUAUUCCAUGCUCUAUGGGUCGAGGCACUGUUCCGUUCCGCUUUAUCGAUGUCGGCGGCCAGCGUAGUGGGAGACAUCUCUGGCGAACAGUGUUCCAUGGAGUUCAUGCUGUUCUAUUUCUAGCUCCUUGCUCUGAGUUUGACCAGGUAUUAGCGGAAAAUUCAUCAGUCAACCGAUUAGAGGAGUCUUUGAGGACGUUCGCUUGGAUCAUCAAUGAACAGGCUUUUCAAAGUAGUUGCGUCAUUCUCUUCCUAAAUAAACUGGAUCUACUUAUUGAAAAGACAGGUUCGUAAUGGAGCACAAACUUCGUUGGUUGCACAGUGCCAACAGUCGAUUUUAUAGCCAGCGUCAAUUUACGGCGAUCUACGAAGAGCUAGUAUAGGACUUCUGUGAGAGAAAAGGAAGAUGCACAAUAGAAAUCAGGUCAAAAAGUUCCGGAAACUCCUAAAUAUCUUACAGAAUCUACUCUUGAUGACCUCGGACCUUCAAUGAAAGCAUUAGACAUUGUUUUAGGAAGCUAUUUAUUGUCAAUCGGCUUAUCCAAACAAAUCCCAAUGGGCAAUCUUAACAAAAAAAAAACUGUUCAUUGGUCUCGUCGGCAUAUUAGGCUUGCAAUAAAAGCGACACGUAUAUGUUCCCGCCAUACGCAAAAAAAGAGGUCAUCCAAAUGUCUGUAGAUGUAUUUCAUGAACAUGCAACAUCAAGAUAAACCAAACAUGCGAUAUGUACGCUAUAGAUUCAUAGAAGCGACAGCGCUUAAGAGAGCGCUGAGUUCUGCGCUGUUUAUGUCAACCGGCGUUUGCCACAAGAAGGCCGGUGCUCUAUCCCAAACCAUAAUCGCUGCUAUUUAUUCGACACAAGACACAUAAGACAACCUUUUAUAUAUAUGUAUAUAUAUACAUAUAUGUAUGUAUCUGUAUAUAUACACAUGUGUAUACAUACAUAUAUAGCAAAGACUAUUAGAGAACAAUGUUGUGCAUCAAUUGCGGCGGGCGCCGAAAUUUGGACGACAAAGACGUGACUGACGACAAUUCGUCUACUUCUCUUCCGGACAUGCAGCAACCGGCUUACGCCUCAAUCUUUUUCAUCAAUCUUUUUCGUAUUCGGCCUGACAUUGCAGCUGUCUUCACCUUUACAUCCUUUCUACAUCCUUCUUCCCCCAUAAUAGUUGCUGGAAAUCAGCUUGUUCCUAGAGUCAUAUAGCCAGAUCUCAUCACGGAGCUUAAAUGACGAUGCAUCUUCCGAUUCUUUGAUUUAUCUUGCUACGCCCGUAAGCAUCGUUCGAGCAUUCGUUCAGAUGAUGACCGGUCGUCGUUUCAAUUGUAAACGUGUAAUGCAAUAAAACUUCUCUUGAUCUCUUCGCUAACAAUCCAAUUUUAUUUUUUUUGAAGAAAGACUUCAUCGUACGCACACUACGCUCCGCGUGAUCUAGGACGUUACAGAGUGCACCGGUUUUACUCACUGAUCGUUUAUGGACUCGCAAAUCUCAUACUCAAAAGCUCGAUCUUCUGUGAAUGGUCUUUUCACGACUUUAUUGUUUCAACCGCCGAAUAUCACUUGCUUUCCUAAUCGUUGUAGUAGACCUGUAUCUCUAAACUAAUAUCCAACCAUAUAGACCAACAUACCCUCGUAUCACUUCGCCAGCUUCGCCGAACGCGUCUUUUAGUCCUGGCCUUAAGUAGUGUCGGAAACACGUUAAUGAUUUCUGCAGUGCACUCGUAUGAAAAAAAUGCUAGCUUUGCUACCGGCUGUCUGCAAACAACGGUUACCGGCGACUAUAACGAGACGUCUGAUUUCCCGGCCAUUCUAGCGCCUGCAUUUUUGGUGGCUGCGUUUAGCUUACUCCAGACCCGUUGGAUAACUGAAAUUAAUGAAUUAAUUACUAACGGUGCUUUCGCAAAUUCACCAAGCAUUUUUAGCAUUUUUUUUCUCGUUUUCCUUUAUUUUCUAUACAGCAUCUGUUUGUCCUGAUUAAAAAGCAACAAGUAACAAGCAACACAGCAUGGUAAAAGGGUUGGCGCGUAAUUUAAACUAUAAUGACUUUACCUGUAUUUUGCUACAUUACCUCAGUACCUGUUUUUCAGAUGGAAAUAUUCACGCAGAUCUUCAGUGAUGUGUUUAGUGAGGUGCUUUGAUGAUUCAUGUUUUUUGCAGCCUUUAAAUUAUUCGCUGUGGACUAUCUCUGGAUCUGUGUGUCACAGUCCCUUAAAGGCACAUUUGUUAAAUAAGCAGGAAAUUCGUAAUGUAAUUCAAGCCUUCUAAUCCUCAUCUUCUGCAUUCUGAUUAAAUCUCUCAUUUGAUGAAAAAUAAUUACGUUAUACUAACGUUGUUCAAUUUCAAGCUAGCUGAUUCAUCUUCAUGCGUUUCACUGUCCCAGUUUUCUUUUAAUUUAUCUAAAAACCCAUCGUCUGCCCUAUGUCAACCUCUCAAAUACGUACCGCGUAGAUAAUUCCUCUCAUAUAGUGAGUAAAGCAAUGCGAGAGUUUUCAGCAGCAUAUUUUCUCCUUUAUACUGCAUGACGUGCACUGCUUACUGUUACCUCUAUCGUAAACAUUUCUGAAAAGAAGUUCACAAUGAUGCAUGAAGAGAUUGGCAAAACAUUUAUUCGCAGAUAGUACCAUUAUUUACUAUUUCUGCCCAUUUUUUUUUUUGAGAAAGUAAGGCAAUUUCUUUCUGUCGCUAUGAUGUUCCCAAGGAAGCCAUGCAGUAGCUUGAGUUGGUAAGAACUCACUCCAGUCUUGAUCGACUUUAUCAUUUAAAAAAUAAGCCUGCAUCUUUAUGGAGUGGAUUGUGAAACUUUUCCUAUCGAACCGCGGGUUCCAUAGCUAUACGCACGAGGCGAAAAUGGUCACUAAUUAUGUCUCGAAUUAGUUGAGCUUCUACAAUGGAGACUUUCGUAGCUACGGCAGCGACUUCUUUAGCUCUGUCAGGUAAAAGAACGGUAAAUGAUAACAUAAAAUAAUGAGUUCUCUCAUCGAUGAUCUUCUAAUCCCAUCCUUACAUGUUCUACUAGUACAGCGCACCAGGUCGAAAAUCUCAUUUUCACAGAAAUGUCUUUAUGAUUAUAUGUGUAAGACUUAGAUUUUAAAAGAAACGUAUUUUGUUAAUCGAUACGUCACAUUGUGUUCUUCUUGUAUCAA